AUGGAUGAUGCUACUUUGUUCCGCAACUUUCUCGAAUUGCAGAACGUGACAGACACCCCUGAGAAGGAGGCUGACGGCGACAUCACGCCGACAGAGCCUGAGGACUCACAGGACGAGGGCUCUGGCUCUGAGCCAGCAGAGUCUGAUGCAGAGGGUUCGCAAGAUGGACCGGCCAAGCCUGCUAUGUCAUUUUCGGAUCCAGUUUGGCAGAAGCAUGCUGCUAAAGUGCGACGGUUGUGCAACCCCACAAGCAAGAGGCCGAAGCUUAAGGUUUCGGCAGAGCUUGCAAGAAGGUUCUUGCGGGGGUCCAAGCAUGAGCGAGAUACGCUCAUCAAGAUGAUGAUGGAUCUCGGUGGUGAGAAGGACGGCCUAGAGCAAUUCGUCAAGGUGGCCGAGAAGUUUAUCGAGAAGGAGACCAAGAAGGGCGAGUACACCGUCGUUGCUGGUUUCUACAGCAUAGAGGCCAUGAAGAAGGAUUUGAAAUGGCCGGAGCUCCUGUAUUGCAUUCAAUGUGUUGAGGAAAAUAGAUGCAUGCUGUAG